GGCCCGCCUGCAGCCCCUUCAUCCAGUGCGCGCCCAGCUGUUUCUAUAGGAACCACGGCGGCGCCGGGCCCCUCCGGCAGAGGCCCCCGCGUGAGCAUGCCCAGUGCAAACCUCUAGUUUGGCUCGGGGUCUAGGUUUCCAGUAAGUGGCAUGCGGGACUCCAGAGAGAUCCCAAUGAGCUGAGCUGAGAGCCUUUGUGUGCAGAGGGAGGAGGCGGCGGCGACAGCCGCCCGGCUGGAGACCCCGCCCGGGGAGCCCCCGGCAGGAACAAUGCUAGCCUGCCUGACCCGUGGGAACUUACUGGACGUCCUGCAGGAGGGCUUCAAUGAGCAACAGCUCCAGGCCUAUGUGGCCUGGGUGAAUGCACAGCUGAAGAAGAGGCCAUCAGUGAGGCCUGUGCAGGACCUGCGACAGGAUCUCCGCGAUGGGGUGAUCCUGGCAUAUCUCAUCGAAAUUGUUGGAGAAAAGCUGAGUGGGGUACAGUUGAGUCCAAGUAACCAACAAGAGAUGAAGAAUAAUGUGGAGAAAGUACUACAGUUUGUGGCCUCCAAAAAGAUUCGUAUGCAUCAGACUUCAGCUAAAGGACUUCUUGGUCUGUUUGGUCCUUCAGAUAUUGUGGAAGGAAACCUGAAGUCCAUCAUGAGGCUGGUCCUUGCGUUGGCAGCUCAUUUCAAACCUGGCUCUAGCAGGAUGGUGAGCCAAGGACAGGACUCCAGAGCCCCUCUACAGAGUCACCAGCCACAUUGUGCCACUGCCGUGGCUCAAGGAGCAGCUGCUGCUUUGGCUGAUGUGUGCCAUGACAUGUCACGAUCAGGACGGGAUGUCUUCAGAUACAGACAGAGGAACAGUAGCAUGGAUGAGGAGAUUGAGAAUCCAUACUGGAGUGUGCGCGCACUGGUGCAGCAGUAUGAAGGACAGCAAAGGUCUCCUUCUGAGUCGAGCUGCUCCAGCCUGACUUCACCCAGUCCAAUUCACAGUGCAAARAGUGAGUCCAUUAUAACACAGUCGGAGGAGAAGGCAGAUUUUGUGAUUAUUCCCUCUGAAGGAAUAGAGAACAGAACAGAGGAGAUAGACUCUCCAUUAUCCCGAGACUGGCGACCUGGGAGCCCUAGAACCUAUCUGGAGACCUCAUGGGAAGAACAGCUGUUGGAACAACAAGAACAUUUAGAAAAAGAAAUGGAGGAAGCAAAGAAAAUGAUAUCAGGACUACAGGCCUUGUUGCUCAAUGGAUCCUUACCUGAAGAUGAACAGGAAAGGCCUUUGGCCCUCUGUGAACCAGGAGCCAAUCCGGAGGAACAACUGGUUAUAAUUCAAAGCCGUUUGGAUCAGAGUAUGGUGGAGAAUCAGGACCUAAAGAAAGAGCUGCUGAAAUGUAAACAAGAAGCCAGAAACUUACAGGGUAUAAAGGAUGCCUUGCAACAGAGAUUGACUCAGCAGGACACAUCUGUUCUUCAGCUCAAACAAGAACUACUGAGGGCAAAUAUGGACAAAGAUGAGCUUCAGAACCAGAAUGUGGAUCUGCAGAGGAAGCUGGAUGAGAGGAACCGGCUCUUGGGAGAAUAUAAAAAAGAGCUGGGGCAGAAGGAUCGCCUCCUUCAACAGCACCAGAUCAAGCUGGAAGAAGCACUCCGAAAACUCUCAGAUGYCAGUCAUCAGCAGGUGGAUCUAGAACGGGAACUAGAACACAAAGAUGUCCUUUUGGCUCACUGUAUGAAAAGAGAGGUAGAUGAGGUAACCAACUACAACAGUCACAAUUCUCAAAGCAAUGGUUUUCUCCUUCCAACAGCAGGAAAAGGAGCUGCUUCCAUCACCCACAGAGGGACCAGUGACUUGCAGCUUGUUCGAGAUGCUCUCCGCAGCCUGCGAAACAGCUUCAGUGGCCAUGAUCCUCAGCACCACACCAUUGACAGCCUGGAGCAGGGCAUCUCCAGCCUAAUGGAGCGCCUCCACGUCAUGGAGACACAGAAGAAACAAGAAAGGAAGGUYUGGAGCAAGUCACCCAGAAUGCAAGCAGGUAGUGAAUACCGGGAAUCCUGGCCCCCUAAUUCAAAAUUGCCUCACUCACAGAGUUCUCCAGCUGUGAGCAGCACAUGUACAAAAGUGCUCUAUUUCACUGACCGGUCACUUACACCCUUCAUGGUCAAUAUACCAAAGAGGUUGGGAGAAGUGACUUUGAAGGAUUUUAAAGCAGCUAUUGAUCGGGAAGGGAAUCAUCGGUAUCACUUCAAAGCAUUGGAUCCUGAGUUUGGCACUGUCAAAGAGGAGGUUUUUCAUGAUGAUGAUGCCAUCCCUGGAUGGGAAGGGAAAAUUGUAGCCUGGGUGGAAGAAGACCAUGGAGAGAAUUAAUGCUGAGUAUUGGAACCUGGUCACUCCUGGCUGCUUCACUCAGGAAAGGGGACUUAAACCAGAGUACAUUAAGAAGUUUCUAAUUUGUGCAGCCAAAACAGAAGCUUCUCCAAGUAUGAUGGUUAUCUGCUAGACCUGUUUCUGUGCCUGGCAUGUCUGGUACUUAAAAUCCCUGUCCAUAUGUGGACCAUGGGUUCAUCUGGAGUUCCUUGUCCAUGGGAAGUGUUUUGUUCACUCUGAGGAUAACAAACCGAAGGCCUUAACCAAUGGGGAUGGAUGAUCUCACUCCUGUAGGGGCAUGGCUGCUAUUAUCUGGAACCUAGGAAUUGGAUGCAUUACUCCUGUGUGUUACAGUAUUAAUUUAAUUGGCCUCAAUGGUUACAGCAAUCAGAGUCCCAGCAUUGUACUCACAGACAAGGCAAAGGUACCAACUUUUCUGCUUCUUUGCAGAUACCACAAACCAAGAAUAACUCGUGAGGUGGUACCAAAGAUGAAAGCCCACUCUUCAAUAAUUGUUUGAACUGAACAUGGAUGGUGCUGAAUUUUUGAUUGGAUGGAAAAAGGGCUGCCCCAUAUUGUGCUAUUCUAUUCUAAAACCAUAAUUAAGACCUUGGGCUGCCUCUUCUGGUCUUAUCUGGUUCUGCAUCUUGUCRUUCAGCCCACAUAGGGCAUAUUUCAUGUACUGCUAGUUUUCUCUGGGGACUCUUAAACUUUAGAGCCAUUUAUUUUUCUUCCAACAGAUGAACUUUGUUUUUGAAAAGAAUAAGGAGUGAAAGGCUCCUUAAAAAUCCAGGCGGGUAUGGAAAGGUGCUGCUACCCAUAUCUUCUUGACUUUGUCUCAUGACUUUCUUUAACUCAUAACAUCAUCUUUGCAGUUAAGAGGAGACAGACCAUUAAUUUCAGUGUUUCUUUGUGAUUUAUGUGUAUUGAACAUGAAUUACUGGUCUGCCCCUCAUUUCAAGGCUGGAGUUAUUUUCUACUAUACAUUUAGUCUAGGCUGAUCCUCUAGGGCAUAAUAGAAACCAUGGGGCAUGGAGCAUGAGUUGUAAAUGGGAAAGUUGAUUCAGGGUGAAGAAACCUAGAAUCAUUUCGAAUGUGCAACACUGUCAAGUGUAGAAGCUACAAGUGUUCAAUUUUCAGAGUUUAUUUAACAACGUGAAUUUUCUCAUUCAUCCACCAGUACCAUCAACCACUCAGCCAUUAUUCAUAUAUAUAUAUAUAUAUAUAUAUAUAUACACAUAUGUAUAUAUAUACAUAUAUAUGUAUAUUAAAUACAC